UAAUAAUAAUCAGGAAAAAUGAAAGCUUUUUAAUAAAGUAUUAUAGGAAAAGAAAACAAUCACGCGAUUUAGCAGCCAUCCUCAGAUUCUCUUUCCUACCUUAAAACCACAAACUCUCUUUGUCUCUCUGUUUCUACUUUCACUUUGCAUUUUUCUUGAUUCCUUCCUUCACGACCUCAAUCUCUAGGUACAAUGAUUUUUUCCCAUUUUUAUUCAAAUUUAUAUCCUUUUUUCUUUGUUUUUAUAUUCUAUUGAUUCGAUCUUGUUGUACAAAACUAAUCAAUCUUUCGGAUUGGGUUACCUGAUCUGCUUAUCUAGAUUAACUGUUUCACUUUUCUUUUUUAGUACGAAUAAAUUUUGUUCCGUAAUUGUUUACGAAAAAGCAAAGGAUUAUGAAAACAAGCACAGCAGCUUAAACUGAAGAGGAGUGUUUGUAAUAAAUGGCUUUGGUGACAACUGCUGAAGUCUGUGAUGCAAAUCCACAGCUAAUUGUGAGCGGUGAACUUCGGGCCCUUCAACCAAUAUUCCAAAUAUAUGGUCGUCGCCCAGUAUUCUCCGGACCUAUAGUCACACUUAAAGUGUUUGAGGACAAUGUAUUGAUCCGUGAGUUCCUUGAGGAGAAAGGUAAUGGCAGAGUUCUGGUUGUAGAUGGGGGUGGUAGUUUAAGGUGUGCCAUACUUGGAGGCAACCCUGUAGUUCAAGCUCAAAACAAUGGGUGGGCUGGAAUAGUGGUUAAUGGCUGCGUAAGGGAUGUUGAUGAGAUAAACGGUUGUGACAUUGGGGUGAGAGCGCUUCAUUCUCAUCCAAUGAAGGCCAAUAAGAAGGGAAUUGGGGAGAAACAUGUCCCUAUAACCAUUGCCGGGACUAGAAUCUGUGAUGGGGAGUGGCUUUAUGCAGACACUGAUGGUAUCCUCGUCUCCAAAACUGAGUUAUCUGUUUGAGUUCCCUUUUCUCCCUAAAGAUUAAAAUCUGCAGGAUGCAUGGUAAGUUAGGUAUGCGUUUCAGUCAUUCCGUGCCUGAGUUGAGAUUUUGAACUUUGGACAUAAUGUGAUGUACUCUAUUAAUGUGUGACGAUGAAUGUAUGCUGCUGAUCUCUUUGUCAUAUUAAUGUUAUUUUGGUGUCUUUAUAAGAAGGAAAA